UAACUCAAGUUUUAUGUUUUCUAAAAAGGAAGGGGGAAAAAAACACCCGGAGGCCAUUUUAAAACAUUUUGUUUGAAGGGAUGUUAUCAAUCUUUUUACAUAUAUCUAAACUUUGAAUCUCUUUUGAUAAAUGCAGUUUUAGACAAGUUUAAACAUCCCUUAAUGUCAUUCUUUGACACCUGAGACACUAAUCACUGGGCUUAUGCCAUCUGAUUCAUUAUUAAUAAGGCUGCUGACAGUGAGUGCAGAAGUACAGACAGGCUAGCAGGCAGACAGGAAGUGUUAAGCAGCAUUUAAAUAGCUGCAAAACACGGACAGCCGUCGCUAAUUCAGCUAACGUCCACGGAGAGGGGUCCAUGCGGAUUUAUUCGAGUCUCCUUCCCUGUUUUGAAACUCCCAUCAUUUGCACUGAUCCAUUGACUCGACAGCAUGGCUAACAUGGACCCCAUCCCUGUGCGAGUCUUCUCUUUGAACUGCUGGGGGAUUCGCUAUUUAAGCAAAUAUUGUUCUCAGCGGUAUCACAUGAUUGGAGAUAUGCUGUGCAAAGAAAAACAUGAUAUUGUCUUACUUCAGGAGGUGUGGAGUGAAAAGGAUUAUCUUUUUUUAAAGAAGAAACUUUCCUGCACUCAUCCCUACACUCACUACUUCAAAAGUGGAGUCAUAGGCAGCGGGCUGGCCAUUUUUUCUAAAUACAGAAUCCACGACACGCUGCUUUAUCGCUAUUCACUCAACGGUUAUCCUUACAUGGCUCACCAUGGAGACUGGUUUGGAGGAAAAGCCGUGGGCAUGGCUGUCUUAAGCCUCGGCAACCUGACUGCCAAUGUCUAUGUUACCCAUCUGCAUGCAGAGUAUAACAGGGAGAAGGACUCUUACCUUGCUCACCGAGUGGUUCAGGCCUGGGAGUUGCAGCAGUUCAUUCGUCACACAUCUGCAGGAGCGGACGUGGUCAUCCUCGGAGGUGACCUCAAUAUGCACCCUCAGGAUCUGGGCAAUAGACUACUGAGAUCUUACACUGGACUGAGGGACGCCUACACAGAAACUGCUAAAUUUGAUGGAUGUGAAGGUGGUGUGACUCUUAUAGCAGACAAUCCUUUCAUUAGUAAAAAGGAGAUUUUCCCCUUUGAGAAAGGGAUUCGAAUCGACUAUGUCCUGUUCAAGGGAUCGUCUAGGGCUGAGAUUCGCUGUGAUUCCUUGUCAACCACCAAAGGCUCUGUCGCUGACAGUCCUUUCCCAUAUUCUGACCAUGAAGCUCUCACUGCUGAGCUGAAGCUGGACUCCUGUGUUUCAGCUGAGGCUGGAAAAGACGAAGCAUUCAAGACGCCGGACUCCUCUGCAGGGAACCUGGCGGAAUUGGUUGACAUUGUGACUGAGGCCCGCACUGAAGUCAAAGUGGGCUUGCACUGUGCCGAGCGGAUGCGCUACACUGCAGCCCGUACGGGGGUGAUGGGGCUGGCCCUGCUGUUCCUGGAGUUGGUCAUCGCUGCGGUUCCCUGGUUCGCUCUGGGAGCCGAACAGCCCUUCCCACAAACCUCCUUCUACCUGCUGGCAGCGCUGUGUUUCGCCAUUCUGCUGACCACAUCGCUGCUCUAUAUCUUUUACACAAUCGAGAUCAAAUCUCUCCAGGGAGCUGAAGACCAGAUGAGGCUGGCGGUGGGUAGUCUGCAUGAAAAGCUCAGGGGUUUUCCUGUGACUCAGCCUCACAGCGCCUCCCUGAGGUCACCAGAGGGUCAGGAUCCCCCUGCCUUAGACCCAGUGGAAUAAUUUCAAAGUAACAUUUUUUUCCAUCUAAAAUUUAUGCUGAGAAAAAAAAUUGAGACAUUUCUGAAAGUAGUACAUGACGCAUGCGUCAACAUUUUUAUACUUUUAAUCAUUUGUAGGCUUCAGGUAUUCUCCUUAGCACCUGCUGCUCCCACAUUUGCCUCCUUGCACAUAUUUCACACCUGCAUGGUGAUGCUGAGCUUUAAGGCAUUCAUGUGAAUGUUUGUGUUUUUAAACUUCAGGUCGGAGUUGCAUUCCACCAAUCUGCACGGGACCAUUUGUUCAAAUGUUUUCCAUGUCAUACUUUCUGUUUGUUACAUUUAAAAAAAAGCACAGUUAGUGAUUAAAUACUAACAGAAAAUCUUUACCUGUCUCACUCCGAAUGAUGAAGAGUUUACAUUUCAGGUUAGUUACAAGGCGAGAAGACUGAUCUUAAACCCGUCCGGGUUGUUUGCAGCUAAAUCCAAGAAGAAAGAGCAAAAUCUAUGAACGCUCAACCUCUUCUACUGAAGAUUAUGUUAGAGAUAAGCUACACUCCUCUAAACAUCCAUGUAUGUUCUGACUAUGCAAUGGAGAAUGUUCAAUGCAGUGACUUGAUUGUAAAAUUUGUUUUAAAGAUCAUUUCUUUAAAGUCUUAAGUUUAGAUUAAUCCCCAUGAACUCCUUUAUUAUCAUACAAAUAAAACGCUAUAAUUCAUUAUUUUUAUCAUGCUGUGUAACUGUGUUAUGAAGUUGGUAGUUCUUGGUUAAAAAUAGCUUUCAAAUUAUAUGAAUUCCAAAUGAAAACUGUGAUGCAAAUGAU